AUGAAUGAAACAGCUAUAAAGCUGCCUGAGAUAGGAAACAAUACACUCAAGUUCAAAAAUCAUAAAAACAAGGAGAAGGUACCUUUUAUUAUUUAUGCAGAUCUGGAGAGCAUACUAAAACCUACUAACACUAAAAACAACUAUCAAGAACAUAAAGCUGCAGCUGUAGGAUACUAUGUAAAGUGUUCAUAUGAUGAUUCUCUGAGUUUUUAUCGUUCUCAUCGAGGUCUCAAUUGCAUGAAAUGGUUUGCAGAUGAGAUGAAUCAAUUUGCUGGAGACGUUGACUCAGUUUUCUUAUGUCCCUACGACAUCGAUAUGACGCCAAAACAGGAAGUCGAAUUUCGGAAGGCAACUCACUGUCAUAUUUGUGAAGAAAUGUUCAAACCUGAAGAUAAAAAAGUAAGAGAUCAUAAUCAUCUUAUCCCCGAAAAGAAUUACCGUGGAGCAGCACAUGAGGGGUGUAAUAUAAAUUAUAAGGAUAGUCACAUGAUUCCUGUAGUAUUUCACAACCUGAGUGGAUAUGACGCUAAUUUUCUGAUACAAGAUAUUGCCACAAGAAUGGAAGGGAAAAUCGAUUUGUUACCGAUAACUAAGGAGAAAUAUAUCAGUUUCACCAAACACUAUGAUGAUUAUCACAUUAAUUUCCGAUUCAUUGAUAGUUUCCGAUUCAUGGCUUGCUCUUUAGACAAACUAGCGUCCUAUUUAGAAGAGUUUCCGAACUUGAAAUCACAAUUUCCUGAGGAAUCUGAAGAACAUAUCAGUCUUCUUACGAACAAAGGAGUAAUGCCAUAUGAUUAUAUCGAUUCCUAUGACCGAUUCGAUGAAACUUCUCUUCCACCUAUUGAAGCAUUCUAUAACAAAUUGGAUUGUAGGAAAUGUCCACGAAGAAGAUAUGAGAGAGCACAACUUGUGUGGAAUAAAUUCAAAUGUCAGAAUUUGGGCGAAUACAGCGAUCUCUACAUGAAAACUGACAUUCUAUUGCUGGCUGACGUAUUUGAACAAUUUCGAUCGAGCUGCCAUAAGACUUAUGGAUUAGAUCCUGCGCAUUAUUUUACUUUACCAGGAUAUACGUGGGAUGCUAUGUUGAAAUAUACAAAACAGGAAUUAGAACUUCUCACAGAUGUUGAUAUGUUUUUGUUUGUUGAAAGAGGAAUUCGGGGCGGCCUUAGUCAAGUAUGUGGUAAACGACGAGCACAUGCGAACAACAAGUAUAUACCAAACUAUGAUUCAACUAAACCAGAAAAUUACCUCAUGUACUUUGAUGUCAACAAUCAAUAUGGAUGGGCAAUGUCACAAUGUCUACCAUACGGCGGUUUUACGUGGACCGAUACAAAUAUAAAUGUCUUGCAAAUUCCUGAUGAUGCUCCCGAGGGUUAUAUUUUAGAAGUCGAUCUCGAAUAUCCUAGAGAAUUGCAUGAUGUGCACAAAGAUCUUCCAUUCUGUCCAGAACAUUACAACUCUAAAACUCAAACACCUUGUUAUGCAUCUCAGCAAAACGCUAAACUUAUGGCCACAUUACAUCAAAAGAAGAAAUAUAUCAUCCACUACAGAAAUCUGAAGCAAGCAUUGAAGAAUGGAUUGAUUAUAACAAAAAUACAUCGAGUGCUCAAGUUCAAGCAAUCUACAUGGCUCAAGUCUUACAUCGACCUCAAUACGGAUCUGAGAAAGAAUGCCGAAAAUGAGUUCGAGAAGAAUCUCUUCAAACUGAUGAACAACGCUGUUUUUGGAAAAACGAUGGAGAAUAUUCGGAAAAGGGUUAAUGUCCACCUUCUAACAAAAUGGAAAGGACGAUAUGGGGCGGAAACUUAUAUCUCCAAACCUGAAUUCAAGAACUCUGUUAUUUUCAAUGAGAACUUUGUAGCUGUUGAAAUGCGAAAGCUGCAGAUCUAUUUGAACAAGCCAAUUUAUGUGGGAAUGAGUAUCUUGGAUUUGGCUAAAACUACUAUUUAUGACUUCCAUUACCACUACAUGAAUGAAGCUUUCAGUGCUGGCUGUACCAUCUUAUACACAGAUACCGAUUCUCUCAUUUAUGAGGUCUCUGAAGAUCCUUAUGAAAGAAUGAAACUUGACUGUUAUGAAAGAUUUGAUACCUCAGAUUAUCCCAAGAAUAAUACUUACGGUAUUCCUCAAGUUAAUAAAAAGGUAUUAGGAAUGAUGAAGGAUGAAAACAAUGGAAUACCUAUGACCGAUUAUGUUGGUCUCAGAUCUAAACUGUAUGCUGUGAAAACUUCUAAGGAUGAUCUGAAUGUGAAAAAACAACGAUGGGUGGAAGAAGAGUAUGAAGCUGAUGAAAUUGAAUCCAUGUGUCGAAAUUAUGGUACCACCAAGAAAGCUAAGGGUAUUAAAAAAUCAAUCGUUAAGAACAGAAUAUGUUUCGAUGAUUACAUUGAAUGUUUAGAAACAUGGAAACAUAAAAUUAUUUCUCAAAAUUUGAUUCAGGUGAAGGAACAUCAUGUGUAUUCACUGACACAGGAAAAAAUAGCUUUAAGUCCUGAAGACGAUAAACGAUGUUUGGUGCCCGGAACAUUCAACACUGUACCGUGGGGUCAUUAUUCACUCAAUAAACGCAAGAUUGAGGAAUAUGAUGAACCAAGGAAGAAGAUUUCAAUGUUGGAAAAAUUGUUGACUAUGUGA